UCUACAUGGAAACGUUUCACGGUUAAAGAAAAUUCAUUAAUAGUGAUCAUAUACUCUAGGAAAGCAUCUAGAUUUAGAUAUCUAGACCUAGAGCCUAGAUAAUAUAAUAAAACAGCUAGAUCUAUGUAGAUGAAUAACUUUCAAUAACACUAACAAAAAGUAACAGCUUUGUCUUUGUAUUGAUUCCAAAUCUAUUGAUUUUUCAAGGGGGAUAAUAUAAAAAAAAUAAUGAUAGUAAUUAGUGUAACUUAACAGACAUCUUCAUCAAAUAAAUUAAGUCUCUCUAUGUUUGCUCAAUAUAGAUCUAUCUAUUUCCUUAUCAUGAUAAAAUUGGCCAUUCUGGACAAACUAGAUAGAUUCUUAUCAUUCUAGAUCUAUAUAAAAUCUAGAUUAGAUACAGAUUGUGUGAUUGUGAACAGUACUACUAUCUAGACCUAUAUAAGAAUCUAAUCAGUCGAUCAUAUAUUAUAAUAUUAUAUCGUCAUAAUUAUUAUAGAUCUAAUAAUACUAUUAAUACCAUCUACCUCAGUACCUGGUCUAGAUUUUGAUCUAAAUCUAGAUUUAAAAUCUAAAAGAAAAUAACAACUAGAUUAGUCAACUUCUAAAGAAAUUAGAUCUAGUUCUAGGCCUACUGUUUUAGUGUUUAAAGUUAAAAUGAUUUUUACAAGACAUUCUCCUGUGGACCUGUUUCGAUUGCUUGCAUUGAUGCCUAGAAUUAUAACUCAGACUCAAGGCCAAAGAUACAAGUCUGAAAUACUAUCACUGUCAUUAUCGCAAUUGUUUAUAUCAUUUACACUGUCACUGGUGGCACUUUCACAAAAGGGUUCAGCUGCUAUUUCAUUGCCCAGUUCAUCCUCUCAAAGCCCAGUCCAGCUCAAACUAAACACAGCCUGUAAUUCAGAAGCUAUCAUUGAAUGGAUUUUUCAAGCUCCAAAUCCUUCUAUAUUAAUUAAAUGUGAACUGACAUACUCAAUAGUUGGACAGAAUCAAGCACAAAUCAUCAAUAUAUAUUUGGACCCCUUGACACACACCUUUAAUUUAUUUAACCUAACUCAAGGGGUAAACUAUUCAGUGUUUCUGGUUUGUGACAAUUGGGGGAAAAGCAAAUCCAUUUUUUUCAUUUCAGGAUCAGUUUGUCAGCAUGACCAUCCUGUUACAAAUGAAACAUUAGAAGCUUUUGAUACAGAAACUAAUGCUCAGUUAUCUUAUGCUCAAACAUCAAGCUAUGAUGCUGUGGAGUGGCCUAUAGCUAUAACAUUUGCUGCAGCUGGUUUAAUCAUCUGUGCAGUUGUUGCAUUUUAUAUGUGGAAAAAGUACCAAAGGAGGCAGAGGAUUCUCAGAAUAUUUAGACAAGGCCAGAAUGAUCCCUUUCAAGCACUUUACAGUCCUACUCAAGAUUCCUAUAGCUUUUGAUUUCAAAAUGGUGAUGUUCUAGAAGCUCAUUUAAUUGAUUGAAAUUCUGUGCAAUAACUCAAGGAACUGAAUGACAUGUCACAAAUCACUUUCAGUUAUAUGUAUAUACCAAUAGGAAAGGAAAUUACCAUUCUUAAUUUUUUUUUUUAAUUAAAAUAUUUUAUUAUUAUUGUAAUUUUAAUAAUGUCCCAUAACUACAGAGAUUCUUGAUAUGUUCCUAGUGUUGUGUCGGUAAAAGAUAUCAAAAAGCAUAUAUCUAUAAAAUAUUUGCUAUCAUUACUUAGAAAACUGAAACAGACAUUUAUAUCACAUUCCUAAUAAUGCUUUUACAUGUAUCUGUACUCAAUUUACAGUGUUAUGUUAUGCUGAAAAUGAGCUCUUGAAAUCAAAACAAAGCUUAUUAUUAUUAUUCAUGGUGAGAUAUGCUUAGUGGAAGGCUGCAGAUAGGCAGAUCUUGAUUUAAAUUAUGGACGGUAUAGAUUUGUAUGUUCUUCUACUGUGUUCUCAUUAUUACAUUGUUGGGUUCAAAUAACUAAUUCUAUAUCUGAGAUAAGCUGCAUUUUAGUUUCCAGAUCAGGCAGCUCUCUGUAUAGUUUUUGUUCUUUAGUAAUUUUUGGGACCAGUGCCUAGUUGAGGCUUUUCAAAAGAUAACCUGGUGACACUCCUCAAGGGCAAAUUUCACAAUGCCUCACAUUCUUUGUAGUUUAAGCAGCCCAACUUAAACUUGCUUUUUUAUUUUAUACUCUAUUCCAAAUUUACAAUUAUUUCUAAUAAUAAUAAAUAUUCACUUCAAAAAACAUUUUAUGUGGCUGUGAAGAAACAGUUGUGACUUACAUGCUUAAUGAGUGUAUUUGUAUACACUUUACUUUUUAAAAGUUAUCUCAGUUUUGACCUAUCUUUGCUGUAAUCUUAAGUCACCCACUAACUCAAUUCUUUCAAUGGUUUGGGAAUGAUGCUUUUGAAAAUGAUAUUAACUUUUUUUUCAUCAUAGACAGCAAACUGGCAAACUAUUCUAUGUACAUAUAGGCCUAUAUAUAAAUAUAUAUAUAUAAAUAAAUAAAUAUAUAUAUAUAUAUAUAUAUAUAUUAAAUUAUAUUGUUUGUUGUAUUGUUAUUUAUCUCCAAAUAAUCCUAUUCUAGUCAACUGAUAUUUUAGAUAUUUAUUCUAAAUAUUAGAGGCACUGUUCUUUUAAUAUUCUGCUUUCUAUACACCAGCAUAGCAAAGUAUUUAGUUCAAUAAUAUGAUGGUGACUCUCUGCCCACUUAAGAAAAAAACCACAUUGGCCAUUUUGUAUGUAUCAGUACAUUUACAAUAGACAUUCCAAUGUACAAUUCACCUUCAACAAGAAGUACUUGUAUUAAAAGUAAUUAGUGGCUAUCUUUAAAAGACUCCUGUUAGUCUUGUGGCCAGGUUUAAUGAACCAGGAAGGCUAUACCACUGUCUCUAUAGUGAACAGGUGAUUUUUCAUAAGUUGUUCUAAAAAAUAGUAAUGUAUUAUUUAUAAAUCACUUUGGAAACUGUUAAUGCGAAUGAAAUAUAGACAAAAUGAAUAUAAGGAAGACAAUAACUUAUUUAAUAAAAUAUGAAUUGGCUUUUUUUUCUGAUUAAUACAUUGAUAACAUGGAAAUAAUUUUUUAUGCUCUUAACAUUUUCAGCAGAAGACCUUGGAUGCUAGAAGUUUCCUAAUUUAUUUUUAUAUUGUUACAAAUAAUCUGAUGCACUGUAUGAAUGGAAGGAUGACUCAACAACAAAAAAAAGUCAAAUAAAUUGUACAUACCAAUAAUCAUUAAAGACUAAGAUUAAGUAAGUUUGCAGUUUUUCAUGUUGUUAUGCAGACCCAGACUUUAUAUAGUUUGCCAAAUCCAAGGCCAGUACAUGGCAGAAGUCAAUUUAAGAGAACAGAUUGCAGCGUUUAAUUUGUUAUAAGCCAAUUUUAUCAUCAAAUGAAACAAAAAGCCAGCUUGUAAAUUCCUAGGUCAUGACCAAGUACCAGUAUUUCACAUGAGCACCCAAACCCAUUUGUGACCUGCAUAUUUUGCCAAUAUUUCAUUCCUUAUGUUAAAAUUUCUCAUAUUUUGAAAAAAAAAGCAGCCUUUAAUUUUACUUCCAUUGUGCACAAAUGUUUCUCUUUGACCUUAUCUUUGUAAUACUGGAGUUUGAAACUUUAGGAUCAGCCUUGAGUAUUGUUAGAGUAGUCAACAGUUCACUUCAUAAGGAUCAGCAUUGAACUUUGUUAGAACUAUAAUACAGUAGUUCAAUUCAUUAGUUGACUUGGAAGUGAAUCUAAUUUUGGUCAUUUCCUUUCAAACUUUAUGAGUAUGUGUUGUGAUACGUGUGUUUAAAGUAAUUUGUGUAUUUAUCUUUAUCUAAAUGUUGUUACUACUAUGCUAUUUCUGGAAUAUAUCCUAUUACUCGUUAGAAAAGAUUUUCUCUCUUCACAAAAAUAAUUUUUAAAAAAAUUGUUAGUUUAAGAGUCAAAGCUCUAUAGUCUCCAUCAUGGUGUAUUUGUGGACAAUACAUUUUGAAAUGCAAGAACAACAUUUUGCGUAUAUUGAACUAAUGGCUAAGCUUGUUACAUGCUUCAUCCUUUUUUUAAACACAGUGCACGUUAUCCCACAUAUGCACAAUUCUAAUCUAGGUUUGGGUUUUUGGCACAAUUGAGGCCAUGUCAAAAUUCUAACAAAAUGGAAACGAUAUGGUAGCAACAUGUUUGAAGGUGUUAUUUGGAUGACCUUUCCACUCAGCUUAUUAAAGCCUCUAUACUACAUCAACCUUAACAGUCGUCCACCUCAUUUCUGUACAAAGGUCGAUAACUCUAAAUAUAUUUAGUUUUCUUCCUGUUUGGGAAGGUCAAGCUGAAGACAUGUCAUGAAAUUGAGUGCCGGUCGCAGGCACUCGUUAGUGUUGUAUAAGUGGUGUACAUUUAUAUAAUUUGUUUUCUUUCAGAUUGUUUUGAUUGAAAAAGAAAAUGUAAUGAUCAAAAUUGUACGUUCUAUUCUAUUGAUGAUUGUCAAAGUUGUAUAUGUCAUUUUAUUUCUUGUAUUUAGAGAAACUGUUAAUGCUUUAUUUAUUUGACAUUCUGUUAUCUGUCUUUUUUGUUGGAAAUAAAGUUUAGACGUUGAAAAAUCA